AAGGUUUACUUGCAUUUCUUUUCCUGCAAAACUUCUGCGAGAAGCUUUACUGUGCGUUUCCUGUGCGUGAACUGCAGCAUCAACUGGGGAACUCUAAAUCAAGUCUUUCGAAACCGAGAUUAGAGUUUGAGAAAAUGUCUUCAGAAAGGACAGGAAGUGUAGUAGGGAGUGAGGUGAUGCCCCUGGACUAUGGGAGCAUGGACUCAGAGAGUAGUCCGUCUCCAUCUAGUUCGGAGAAGACGGUCGAAGGGGUGAGAGGAGAUGAGGUGGUGGAGGUUGAGGGGGAUGAGGUGGUAGAGGUUAGGGAAAAUAAGGUGGUGGGGGUUGGGAGAGAUAGCAUACCCAUUACCGUAGUAGAAAUAGAUGGUAGAGGAGGGGGAGAGUAUGAUGUGAAUGCGGAGAUAGUGGAGGAGGUGAAGCAGUACAGGUCUGAGCUAAGGACCAGGGAUAGCCUGGGUCACUUGGUAGAGAAUUACGAGAUCUCUUCGCGAGUGUUAAUUAGGCCAGCUGGGGAAGGGGAGAGGGCGUGCUCUGCUCCUCUGGAUCAUUGGAUGCCCUUAUACUCCCAUUAUUUGUAUGCUGGGCUUAAGUUUCCAAUUCCGGAGUUGCUUGGAGGAAGUAGGAGGGAUAAGGGGUGGUAUUGUUUCACCCUUAGGGUAGCUAAGAAGGAGAGUAUGAUUUUAUUCACUGCGGGUCCUUCAUCCAUUAAGGGAUGGAAGGAAAAAUUCUUUUUUGUGGAUGAUACGAAGUGGGGGAAGGGGGAUGCCGAGGUGAGGGCGUUAGCCUCCUGGAAGGCCAAAAGGGCCAACCAGAAUAGGUUUAGUUUAAAUGAGGAUGAGAAGGAAGAAGUGGGGAAGUUGGUGAGGAAGGGGGGAGAUGUGUUGAACAUCAUGGACCUCACCAGCGCGGCAUGCAUAGAGGCUGCUGAGCUCUAUGGGCCAAGCGCUCUAAGUGAAGCUGAAAUGGACCAGUUUUUGAACACUGUUGGAGGAGCGCCCAUCCCCAAGAAGCCAAGGAAGAAGUCAAAGACUUCAACCAAGAAAGUGGAUGAGGGGAGGACCGAGAAGGAGGUAGUGCCCGUGGCUUCAGCUGAGACGGAGGAGGAGGUGCCAGCGCUGAAGAGGAAGGCCUCCUCCUGUUGAGCUGAACCCUGAGCUCAGACG